UAUAAGCUGGGAGGCAGCGCCGCCGCGGAUCACAUCAGCGGGAGUUCCCGGGACCGCCUGCCCCGCUGGCCAUGGGGUGCCUCGCUGCGCUGCUGCUCCUGGCGAUUACUGUUGCCAGCAACUCCUCUCAUGAACAGAACAGUGUCAGUCUAAAAAAGACAACCCAUCAGACAAGCGGCAAGGGGCUGGAUCUUUAUCAGUCAGACAGUCUUCGUCCUCUAAGGCGCACAAAAAGGAGAUGGGUUAUAACCACCAUUGAACUUGAAGAGGAGGACAAAGGACCAUUCCCCAAACUUGCUGGAGAGCUGUUCAACAAUAUGGCAUUUAAUAUAUCCUUAAUAUAUUCAAUCAGUGGAGCUGGUGUGGAUGAGGCUCCAGAGUUUGGGUUGUUUUCUAUAAAAGAUGAUGCCGAUGGACAUGUGUACGUACAUCGUACCAUUGACAGAGAGAAAACCCCUUCUUUUAAGAUAUGUUUUGAUGUUGUGCAUAGAGCGACUGGGGAGAUAGUGGACAGAUCUUUAAUUUUCAUCAUUAAGAUUAAAGACAUUAAUGAUAACUCACCCAAGUUUCCCAAGGACGAAUUUAACAUUACAAUAAAGGAAAGCCACAAUCAGAAUGAGCCAGUUUUCCAAGUGACAGCCCUCGACAAAGAUGAAGAAAACACGGCUAAUUCUCGGGUGACCUAUUCCCUUCUUACACAGACACCCAAUCUCAAAGAGCCCAGAUUCAACAUUGAUCCUACCAGUGGUCUGAUAAUGGUUUCAGGAUGCUUGGAAUAUAAGACUGCCAGAUCUUUUAAACUUCUGAUCAAAGCCAGAGACCAUGGGACCCCACAAAUGUCAUCCACUGCAACAGUUAACAUUGCCAUUGAGGAUACAAACAACCACCUGCCUGCAUUUACCAAGGAAAAUUAUCAGCUACAAAUUUCAGAAGGCAAAGUAGGGCCAGGUGUGUUAAGGCUCCCGGUGGAAGAUGAAGAUUCUCCAAACACACCUGGUUGGAGAGCAAAGUACAAAAUCGAGGAAGGCAAUGAAAAGAAACAGUUCAUCAUUGAGACCGACCCUGAGACAAAUGAGGGCAUUUUAAGCAUCAUUAAGCCUCUGGACUUUGAAGAAGUCUCAGAGAAGAGACUUGUUAUUUCUGUUGAAAAUGAAGAGCCUUUCUCUUUAUGCCAUAAUGGGAAGCCGACGAAUUCUCUGUUAGCCCCCAUCACUGCAUCAGUGGGUAUGGAAGUCCUAGAUAUAAAUGAUGCUCCGGAAUUUCACCUUCCACUGCUUUUUCUUGCAAAUGAAGAAGGCGUGAAACCUGGAACGAAGCUUGGAGAAUAUAUGGCUGUAGAUCUAGAUGCGGUGCCAAAUAAGAUAAAAUACAAAAUAGUUUAUGAUCCGGCAGGUUGGAUGAAUAUUGAUGAGAACACUGGUAUUCUUACUGCCAGGAAAGAACUUGAUCGGGAAUCCCCCUAUGUGAACAACAGUAUUUAUCCUGUUAUUGUUCAUGCUAUAGAUAAUGGUGUUCCGCCACAGACCGGCACUGGCACCAUUCAGCUUUACUUGUCUGACAUCAAUGACCAUGUGCCAACAUUAGUUACACCUUCCUUGGAAGUUUGUGACAAAGAGAAAUGGAAUCCCCUCAUCAUAAAGGCGGAAGAUGAUGACUCCCAUCCGUAUGCUGGUCCUUUUACAUUUAAACUCGCUGAUGACUCAAAAAGUAUAAAGCAAAACUGGAGAUUAGGAAAGAGUUUUGGUGACUCAGUUGAACUUUUAAUGUUGAGAAGCCUCCCACGUGGCAAGUACAAGGUGCCUCUCCUAAUUCUGGACAGGCAGGGAUUGUCAAGAAAGCAGAAUUUGUUUGUGAGGCUCUGCCGUUGCCAUGAUGGAAACGUAUGUGAAGAACCGAAUUUCACGUCAUUGAAUCUUGGAGGUGGUGCCAUUGCUGUGAUGUUGGCAGCUUUCUUGUUACUUCUUGUGUCUGUCUGUCUUCUGCUGCGGUGUUCAUGCGGGUCUCAAACCAGGAAAAAACAGUCCUAUCUCCCUUCUGAAGAAGGCAACCAGACUUUAAUCAAGUACAAUGAAGAGAGUGGAAACGUUUUGUCUCAGGUUACAGCAGAUGAUUUGGAUUAUGCUACCCAGAUCUUUGUGUAUCCAGAAGUUAAAAAAGAAAAACAAAUGUCUGAGGAUGUAAAGGGAAUGGUAUCAUCUCCUUUCCUUACAUCCAGUCAAGGCUAUAACCAAGUUCUGUGGGAUGUUGGUAGAGAGGUCCAGUCCAUAUCAGUAAGGGACGACCAUAAUUCCCAGAAGGCCCAGUAUUACAGACACAUGAAGACCCUGCAAAGAAGACCCCUUGCUGUGUUUGUAGAAACAGUGGGUGAAAUGUUGAAUCAGGGGCUCUAUCGCCUCCGUGACCAGGAGGAGAACAUAACCACUUACCAGCCUCACAUAUACACGGAGGAGGGAAAGCUAGAGAGAAGCAGCUCUGUUGGAUCCCUGCUGACAGCUGACCAUGAACUGCCUGAGGAUUUCUUGGACACUCUGGGACCAAAGUUUGCUGCUUUGGAUGAAAUCUGCCGGAAAUCAUUUCAGUCCAAGCCACUGUCAUAGGAACAAUGGAACUGUGGGGACAUUCCCACCGGCUUGGAAGGGACUCGACCCAAGCACACACAUCUGCUGACUUUUGGUGGCUGUCUCCUACAGGAAAUGUCCCCCAAGUUGUGUGUAUGGCUGAAUGAUACACUGUCAACAGCCAGGCAGUGGUUUGGAUCGGUGUUUAAACUUCUUUCUGGGUCUUCCCCUUUGGGUUCUCUGCUUGGAUUCACAGGCCCUUAGAUGUCGGCACAGGGCUCUUUCUUUUAUAACAAUUACUCCCAGCUGUCUCUGAGCUAAAGAGACUGAAGUGCAGACCCAGUCUGGUCAGGUCCCAGGCAUCAGGAAAAGCAUCUCUGGCCUCCUGCCGUCAGCUGUUUUUCCCCGUGCUGAUUAAAAGCUCAGCACUUUCCUUUAUAGUUUCCCUUUGGCCAAUUUUCUUUCCCCACUCGCUCUGAAACUUACCCAACAAAGAUUGUCAUUUCCAUUAGCCAGCUGUAGUGGCCCCCUUUCUGCCUGCCCCCAUGUGAUGCAGAAAGACACUGUUAUUGUUGCUGGUACUGAACAUCAUGGCUUCCUCUUCUGUGUGAAAGGGUGAGCACAGCCCAUGAAUUGGAAUGUCAGAAGAAACAGGUCACCAGUUGUUUGAGCCCUGCAUCUUUCCUGAGUUUUAUAAGUAUCUGUUCUCAUCCCUCACACAUCUAGAGGUUGGAAUCAUCUGGAAGUAGGAAGCUGUUUUAAAAUCCAACAGAUGGUGCUUAAAGCCCAUGUAGGAUUGUAGAAGAGGAUGAAAAGCCACCAUCCCGAUGAUAUUCACAGUAGAGCUGCUGGGAGUUUAGAUCACGGAGCAAGCACAGAUUGUGGUAAAUGCUAAGGUUUUUUUUUAAUUAAUUAGCCAUUGAAGGCUGUUUCCUGCUACUCCUGAAUCUGUGUGGCUGAUCUUCUGUAUGCAGCUUGUUUUCCACCCGUGGAUGCUGGCUCACACCCAUUUUAUGUGGGCAAAGCCUGUGUUUGUACAUUCAAAAUAGGUAUGUGCUCACUUCAGUGAGUGCAGACAUGUUGCAAAAGCAAGUGUCUAGAAUCCGGAGGUGGGCCCAAAGUUUCUCCUUGUUUGGCUAGGAAAGAGCAGAAGUUUUGCGGUGGGCUCAGGAUGUGGUGUGGGUUGCUUUGGCAGAGCAAAGGAAAUAGAUGAAAAGUGCCCAUAAGGUUUCCAUCUAGAGCAACUUCCUGGCUGCACUGUUCCAGGGACAUUCUAAGUUCUUUGCUGGGGCAGACACAUGCUGCUGAAAUGGGCAUCUUGGUGCAUGCAAUAAAUAAUUUUAAAAACAACACUAGUGGCCUAUUUUAGUUUAAAAACAGCAAAGAUAUCUGUGUCCCUUUCCAUUUCUCAUAAGGAGUCCUGAAAUUUAAAUCUGCUCGUGAUGGAUGCACUUGCUUUGAGCUGCAUCUUGAAAGUCUGGAACCACUGGAGAAAGAUGAUGUCUCAAGUCUGGUUCGGCAUUGACUCUGCUUCUGUAUUUGGUUUUCAAAUGUGCAUAUGAGGAAAAUACUCUCUCAUAUAAAUACGAUGUUGAAAACAGUAACAAAACUGUA